AAACUAAGAAAGAAAGUGGCUUUACAAGUGGUUUAGAGGCUAAAUCAAGGAUAGAUUCUAGCAGUAAUAAUUUAGAUGGGCCCUCUUCAAGGCAGCUGGAGGAUAAGAAAAGGCGAGUUCGGGGGAAAGUUAUUCCUGAGAAAGAUAACAAAAACCUCAACCAUGAAUGAUGAUGAGGAAGUGGUUGCUUCUCCAAAGUCACUGAAGCCAAAUAAACAUGAUUUUCAUAUGGAGGAGAAUCCUAAGACAAGUCCCAAGAGAAAGCAUACCCCAAACAAAGAAAAAGCAUCUGAUUUUAUGGAAUUUGGUGAUUAUCUGAUUGGUCUGAAGGUGAAGGUCUGGUGGCCCAAAGACCGUGCGUUUUAUGAAGGUGUUAUUUAUUCGUUUGAUGCAGCUAAAAAGAAACACAAGGUGCAUUAUGACGAUGGUGAUACUGAAAUUUUAAAUCUUAAGAGAGAAAAGUGGAAGAUAAUUGAAGGCGAGUCUGAACCAGAUGAGGAAGAAGCAGCUAACCAUUCAAGUCCUGAUGGUUCAUCUGAAAUGCCUCAAAAGAAGAAAACAAAACAGCUGAUCAACCAAGCAAAAAUUAAGAUGGAUGCUUUGCCAAAACGGGGUGGAGGAACUUCGGCUGGAAAAUUCAAGAGUGCUGCCACAAAGUCUGGUCGCAAGACAAAGGAAGACAGCAAAGUGGAUAGCAAAUCCAAAGAUGUCCCUAAGAGUGUUAGUAAAUCAGACAAUGAUAGUGUUACCAAAUCCAAGGAUCAUACCACCAAAAGUAGCAGUAAAUCAGUUGAUGCCACUUCGAAAAUAGGCAACAAAUCCAAUAAUGAGGACAGUGGUGGGACGCCCAAGUCUACCAAAUCCAAGCAUGAUGGAAGUGUUACCCCUAAAGCUUCCACAAAGUCAAAGCAAGACACUUCAAAGGCAUCAAAGUCCAAGCAGGAAAUCCCGAAGAUUUCCUCCAAAUCUAAGGGUAAGCCUCUUAAAAGAAGUGGCAAAUCUAAUACUAAUGGUACCGGUAAGUUGAAAUUCGGUUCAUCCAAGGUUGAAGAAAGUGAGAGGAUGGAAGAGAAGUCCACUGAUUCUGCAAAGGUUGUGGAAAGUGUGAAGCGGAAAUCACCGAGUUUGACCAAGGCAUAUGCAAGUGAUGCCAUUUCUGGAAAAAAGCGGCGAUGAUGAGCUGAAAAUCACUUCAACUCCAAUGUCAUUGCCAAGGUCUGGUUAUUGCCCGAAGCGGAAUAUAAUGGUUGAAUGCUAGUAUUUUAUUGCGGCCUUAGAUGUCCUAGUGCCUGCAUUCACAGCUAGCUAGCCAUACAUUGGGUAGUUGACCAAGUUGUUAGGAGUGUGGCCAACUAAUACACUCACAGUUAAAUGUAGUUUAUAGUUGUUUGUGUGGUGGAUUUUUUUUUUUGUUAACUGGGUAGAAUGAAUUCCUGUU